CAUGUUGUUGUGGGGCUGAGGCGGCGCCGGCGGAGCCCAGCGGCCGUGACAGGCUGCGCAACAGGUUCGCUGCGGCCGACCUGACGACUGACCCGGCGGCGGCGGCGGCCGCACGGCAGGGUCUUCCCCGGCGCGGGUGCCGAGGAGCGCUCGGGGGGGUCGGUGGCGCGGUGACGCGCGCGAGGCGCCAGAUGGCUGAGAGCUGCAAGAAAAAUUCAGGACCAUGAUGGCUCAGUUUCCCACAGCUAUGAACGGAGGGCCGAAUAUGUGGGCUAUUACCUCUGAAGAACAUAAGCAUGACAAACAGUUUGAUAACCUCAAGCCUUCAGGAGGUUAUAUAACAGGUGAUCAGGCCCGUACUUUUUUCCUACAGUCCGGUCUACCGGCCCAGGUUUUAGCUGAAAUAUGGGCCUUAUCAGAUCUGAACAAGGAUGGGAAGAUGGAUCAGCAGGAGUUCUCCAUAGCUAUGAAACUCAUCAAACUAAAGCUUCAAGGCCAGCAGUUGCCUGUAGUUCUCCCUCCUAUCAUGAAACAGCCCCCUAUGUUCUCUCCGCUGAUCUCCGCUCGUUUUGGGAUGGGAAGCAUGCCCAAUCUGUCCAUUCCUCAGCCAUUGCCUCCAGUUGCACCUAUAACAACACCCUUGUCUUCUGCAACUUCAGGGACCAGUAUUCCUCCCUUAAUGAUGCCUGCUCCCCUAGUGCCUUCCGUUAGUACAUCAUCAUUACCAAAUGGAACCGCCAGUCUCAUUCAGCCUUUACUUCCUUACUCUUCUCAACAUUGCCUCAUGCAAUCAUCGUACAGUUUGAUGAUGGGAGGAUUUGGUGGUGCUAGUAUCCAGAAGGCCCAGUCUCUGAUUGAUUUAGGAUCUAGUUAGCUCAACCUUCCUCCAACUGCUUCCCUCUCAGGGAACUCGCCCAAGACUGGGACCUCCGAGUGGGCAGUUCCUCAGCCUUCAAGAUUAAAGUAUCGGCAAAAAUUUAAUAGUCUAGACAAAAGCAUGAGUGGAUAUCAAUCAGGUUUUUCAACUAGAAAUGCCCUUCUUCAGUCAAAUCUGUCCCAAACUCAGGCUGGCUACCAUUUGGUGAGAGUCCUGGCUGACAUUGACGGUGAUGGACAGUUGAAAGCUGAGGAGUUAUCCUGGCAAUGCACCUCAACUGAUAUGGCCAAAGCUGGACAGCCGCUACCCCUGACUUUACCUCCUGAGCUUGUCCCUCCAUCUUUCAGAGGGGGGAAGCAAAUUGAUCCAUUAAUGGAACUCUUGCCUUCGUAUCAGAAAACACAAGAAGAAGAACCACAGAAGAAAUUGCCAGAUAAGAGAUUCUGUAGACUGUGGAAGAAAGCAAUGUACACGCUCUCCUUCCUUCUUUCCUCUUCCUCCCCUUUGAGGUUACUUUUGAAGGAUAAACGGAAAGCCAACUAUGAACGAGGAAACAUGGAACUGGAGAAGCGACGCCAAGCCUUGAUGGAGCAGCAGCAGAGGGAGGCUGAGCGAAAAGCCCAGAAGGAAAAGGAAGAGUGGGAGCGAAACCAGAGAGAAUUACAAGAACAAGAAUGGAAGAAACAACUGGAAUUGGAAAAACGCUUGGAGAAGCAGAGAGAACUGGAGAGACAGCGGGAGGAAGAGAGGAGAAAGGAGCUAGAAAGACGAGAGGCAGCAAAACAGGAGCUUGAAAGACAGCGUCGUCUAGAAUGGGAAAGAAUCCGCCGACAGGAACUUCUCAAUCAAAAGAAUAGAGAACAAGAAGAAAUCGUCAGGCUGAACUCUAAAAAGAAGAGUCUCCAUCUUGAGUUGGAAGCAGUGAAUGGAAAACAUCAACAGAUCUCAGGCAGACUUCAGGAUGUCCGAAUCAGAAAGCAAACACAAAAGACUGAGCUAGAAGUUUUGGAUAAGCAGUGUGACCUGGAAAUUAUGGAAAUCAAACAACUUCAACAAGAACUUCAGGAAUAUCAAAAUAAGCUUAUCUAUCUGGUACCUGAAAAGCAACUACUAAAUGAAAGAAUUAAAAACAUGCAGCUUAAUAACACACCUGAUUCAGGGAUCAGUUUACUUCAUAAAAAAUCAUCAGAGAAGGAAGAAUUAUGCCAAAGACUUAAAGAACAAUUAGAUGCUCUUGAAAAAGAAACUGCAUCUAAGCUCUCAGAAAUGGAUACAUUUAACAAUCAACUGAAGGAACUGAGAGAAAGCUAUAAUACACAGCAGUUAGCCCUCGAACAACUUCAUAAAAUCAAACGUGACAAAUUGAAGGAAAUUGAAAGAAAAAGAUUAGAGCAAAUACAGAAAAAGAAGCUAGAAGACGAUGCUGCAAGGAAAGCAAAGCAAGGAAAAGAAAACUUAUGGAGGGAAAGUAUUAAAAAGGAAGAAGAAGAAACAAAGCGACUUCAGGAAGAAAAGUCACAGGAGAAAAACUCAAGAGAGGAGCGAAAAGCUGAGGCCAAACAAAGUGAGACAGCUAGUGCUUUGGUGAAUUAUAGAGCAUUGUACCCAUUUGAAGCAAGGAACCAUGAGAUGAGUUUUAAUUCUGGGGAUGUCAUUCAGGUUGAUGAAAAAACUGUAGGAGAGCCUGGUUGGCUUUAUGGCAGCUUUCGGGGAAAGUUUGGCUGGUUUCCAUGCAACUAUGUAGAAAAAUUGCCGUCCAGUGAAAAAGCUCCAUCUCCUAAGAAGGCCUUACUUCCUCCUACAGGAUCUCUCUCUGCUACCUCAGCUUCUUCCCAACCACUUUGUUCAACUCAACCAGCAUCAGUGACUGAUUACCAAAAUGUAUCUUUCUCAAACCUUACUGUUAACACGUCAUGGCAAAAAAAGUCAGCUUUUACUCGCACCGUGUCCCCUGGAUCCGUGUCCCCCAUUCAUGGACAGGGGCAGGCUGUAGAAAACCUGAAAGCUCAGGCCCUUUGUUCUUGGACGGCAAAGAAAGAGAACCACUUGAACUUCUCAAAGCAUGACGUCAUUACUGUCCUGGAGCAGCAGGAAAAUUGGUGGUUUGGGGAGGUACAUGGAGGAAGAGGAUGGUUCCCCAAAUCUUAUGUCAAGAUCAUUCCUGGGAGUGAAGUAAAGCGAGAGCCAGAAACUUUGUAUGCGGCUAUAAAUAAGAAACCUACCUCCACAGCCUAUCCAGCUGGAGAAGAGUACAUUGCACUUUAUCCAUACUCAAGUGUAGAGCCUGGAGAUUUGACUUUCAAUGAAGGUGAAGAAAUAUUGGUGACCCAGAAAGAUGGAGAGUGGUGGACAGGAAGUAUUGGAGAGAGAACUGGAAUCUUCCCUUCCAACUAUGUCAAACCAAAAGAUCAAGAGAAUUUUGGGAAUGCUGGCAAAUCUGGAACAUUAAACAAAAAACCUGAGAUUGCUCAAGUGACUUCAGCAUAUGCCGCUUCCGGUGCUGAGCAGCUCAGCCUUGCACCAGGGCAGUUAAUAUUAAUCUUAAAGAAAAACACAAGUGGGUGGUGGCAAGGAGAGCUACAGGCCAGAGGGAAAAAACGACAGAAGGGGUGGUUUCCUGCCAGCCACGUAAAGCUGCUGGGUCCAAGUACUGAGAGGACCACGCCUGCCUUUCACGCUGUGUGUCAAGUGAUCGCUAUGUAUGACUAUGCAGCGAAUAAUGAAGACGAGCUCAGUUUCUCCAAGGGACAGCUGAUUAAUGUCAUGAACAAGGAUGAUCCUGAUUGGUGGCAAGGAGAAAUCAAUGGGGUGACUGGUCUCUUUCCUUCAAACUAUGUUAAGAUGACAACAGACUCAGACCCAAGUCAACAGUGGUGUGCCGAUCUCCAAGCCCUGGACACAAUGCAGCCCAUGGAGAGGAAGAGGCAGGGCUACAUUCAUGAGCUGAUUCAGACAGAGGAGCGGUACAUGGACGAUCUGCAGCUGGUCAUCGAGGUUUUCCAGAAGCCAAUGGCAGAGUCGGGCUUCCUCACCGAAGCAGAGAUGAUCUUGAUCUUUGUGAACUGGAAGGAGCUCAUCAUGUCCAACACGAAGCUGUUGAAGGCCUUGCGGGUGCGGAAGAAGACUGGCGGUGAGAAGAUGCCUGUUCAGAUGAUCGGGGACAUCCUGGCCGCAGAGCUGUCCCACAUGCAGGCCUACAUCCGCUUCUGCAGCUGUCAGCUUAACGGGGCCGCUCUGUUGCAGCAGAAGACAGAUGAGGACACUGACUUCAAGGAGUUCUUAAAGAAACUGGCAUCUGACCCACGAUGUAAAGGAAUGCCCCUGUCCAGCUUCCUGCUGAAGCCCAUGCAGAGGAUCACUCGCUACCCCCUGCUCAUCAGAAGUAUCCUAGAGAACACUCCACAGAAUCACGUUGACCACUCUUCCCUGAAACUGGCCCUUGAGCGAGCCGAGGAGCUGUGCUCCCAGGUGAACGAGGGAGUUCGGGAGAAGGAAAAUUCAGACCGGCUGGAGUGGAUCCAGGCACAUGUGCAGUGCGAAGGGUUGGCAGAGCAACUUAUUUUUAACUCCCUCACCAACUGCCUGGGUCCCCGGAAGCUUCUGCACAGCGGGAAGUUAUAUAAGACCAAGAGCAACAAGGAAUUGCAUGGGUUUCUCUUCAACGACUUCCUGCUGCUCACCUACAUGGUCAGGCAGUUCGCUGCAUCCUCUGGCUCUGAGAAGCUCUUCAGCUCCAAGUCCAGCGCUCAGUUCAAAAUGUAUAAGACGCCCAUUUUCCUGAAUGAAGUGUUGGUGAAACUGCCCACAGACCCUUCCAGUGAUGAGCCUGUCUUCCACAUCUCCCACAUUGACCGGGUGUACACCCUCCGGACAGACAACAUUAAUGAGAGGACGGCCUGGGUCCAGAAGAUUAAGGCUGCCUCAGAGCAAUACAUUGACACCGAGAAGAAGAAACGGGAAAAGGCUUACCAAGCACGUUCUCAGAAGACGUCAGGUAUUGGGCGUCUGAUGGUGCACGUCAUUGAGGCUACAGAAUUAAAAGCCUGCAAACCAAAUGGAAAGAGUAAUCCAUACUGUGAAGUCAGCAUGGGCUCCCAGAGCUACACCACCAGGACCCUCCAAGACACGCUAAACCCCAAGUGGAACUUCAACUGCCAGUUCUUCAUCAAGGAUCUUUACCAGGACGUACUGUGUCUCACUAUGUUCGACAGAGACCAGUUUUCUCCAGAUGACUUCCUGGGUCGUACUGAAGUUCCAGUGGCAAAAAUUCGAACAGAGCAGGAAAGCAAAGGCCCUACGACUCGCCGGCUCCUGCUGCACGAAGUCCCCACUGGAGAAGUCUGGGUCCGCUUUGACCUGCAGCUUUUUGAACAAAAAACUCUCCUCUGAGGGCCUGGAGAAGCCAGCACCAGGGGAGCUGCCCACAGGCUGGGUCUAAGAGUGGAAGACUACGUUCUCCUGGGCCGAGGAGCAUCACAUGGCUUCAUCCAUCACAAAGCCACAUGCCGGGCCAGUGUGUUCCUGCACACUAACUUGCUAGCCAUCUAUGCAAUGACCUUUCCUAUAGACAAACGCCACAGCACAGUGCCUUGUAACUAGUGCUAACGUCCAGCUGCGCUAGGUGCCGGGUUUCCAUUUUCAGGGCUAUAAAGUAUUAUGUGGAAAUGAGGCAUCAGACCACGGGGCGUUACCACUUGGCAAAUGUGUCCACUGUGGAGUCGGUGAUGCUAGAGCCGGUCCACACACAUGAGCCCUGCUGGGCCACAGCACUCAGGAGGGGAAGGGUUAGGGAAGAACAUUGCAGCCAUGGGGCUGUGUGGCCUGAUACUGAAGUAGCAUCCACUUGUGCACUGAAUAAACAGAAACUUGAUCCUUUCAUUCUGGUUAGAUUUUAUCCUUCUCUGCUCAGACAAUACGGUUUGAAAUAUAAAGAGGGAAGCUUGAUGUACUUUAAAUAUACUGUGAACUCUAAAAUAAUGUGGGAAUAUUUUUCAACUUUAAUUUUCUGAAGUAUAAAUUAUUUAUGUAAAUUCCUUGUUUUGCAUAUUUCAUAGAAAUGCAUCUUUAAGCUUUAUCAUUGCCAACUUGUACAGAAAGAGAAUAAAAGUAUAAGUUUAUGAAUGUAA